CGGGCUGCGACUGGCCCGCUGCGACUGCCGCGGGGACCUUCGAGGGCGCCCCCGGGAGACGCCGGGACCGCCCGACGCAGUGGAGACGCCCGACGCCCGGAUUGGGGGCUUGAGUCACCGUGCGGUCACGGAUUGUUAUAAGGCGUCGGCUGCCUCGCUCCUCGCCAGACUGCCUCCCAUCAGCCACCAUGUCCGCCUAGACACACGUUCCGUCCGCGCGUCGUCCCCCCGCAACCCCCUCUUCUUGCUACCCCCGCAGCCCUCACACUCUGGCGCGCCCGACGAACAAGCAUGGUUAACACGUCCGUCCAUAAAUCCAAGAACGGCACCAUCCUGUUCGAGCCCUUCAUCGUCUACCGUAUACACCGGUAACACCGCCCAAGCCCCCACCCCCGGCCUCGUACGUGUAUGUCUCCCCGUCGCGCCUCGUGUGACCCCGCGCUCACCGCCGCCACCCAGAACGCUGUCCCCUAUCCCUCUCGUGUCGCUCAACCGACCCCCGACACCGCAUCCAUGCUCACCUGCCCCCGUCUCGCGAUGGCUUCUCAGUCGACCGAUCCGUCUCCGCCCCCGUCUUUGUUCAGCAUGGCCCGCAACAAGCUGCAGUACGUCGUCAGCACCGGCGUGAAGGACAGCUGCAGCUUGCACCGCUGGGUACUGCUCAAAAACUCUAUCAUUCAUUCUCAUCCGUCGGACGAUGCUGCAGCUGCACCGGACGGGGAUGAUGCUGUACCAUAUGCGCUCUCACAAGGUGAAGCCGCCGACGCGCCGGCCGAGGAGCAAGAGGUCGCGUUCAUGUUUCCUGACCCCGACGCGCUCGCAUCGCCCGGGGCUGGCUCCAGCAGCGACUCGGAGAACGAGUGGCUUGACUCGCUUCUAGAGACUCUGGGCGGUGAGGACGACGACUUGGACGCGGACGACGGCGAGGGCGGUGUCUCGGUCUCACCUGCCGACGAGGACGACGAACUGCUAAGUCCCCUCUACUCGCCCAUGUCCUCCUCAGACGACCUCGCCGACCAGUCCAGCUUUUACAUUAACCCCCAUGCCAUUCCUCUUCCGUACCCUAUUCCUUAUCCGCCCCUGCAGCCGCUCGGGCAGCGGUGGCUCGAGUGCCAUGAUCCCCUUCCCUAUUAUGAUGCGGACGAUGUGGACGACAUGCCGGUGCCCGACGCUAUAGAGGACACUUCGGACGACGAGUCGGAUGCUCCGGCUACGCCCUUUGAUCACUCGACGUCGUCUCUGGUUGACCCUGCAUCUGUCCCCCUUCCCAUUGAGCGGCGGCGGCGCUCUGAUUUCAUCCAUCCCCAAGUGUACAUUGACACGGACGAUUCGUACUUUUACCCGUUCGAGCUCGAUCCGCUCCCCCCUCACCACGACGACGGCGUUGCCGUCGAUACUGGCCGUGUCUACCGCCCUUCGCUUAUUCAGGAAUGCUAGUGUACAUAUUGCCCGCCUCGCACUGUCUCGCCUCCCCUGCCGCGCCCGAUUACACUGCUCGUGCUGUUUCUGUCUGUGACUGACCCUGUCUUACCGUACUUAUCGCAUGCAUGUUACUGGCCGUGCAUCAUGUUUAUAAUGCUCGUUGUUCGCUUUGUGGAAUCCAGGGUGUUUGAUAUCGGA